GAAAGGAGUGCAAAAAGUUGCAGAGUCGGAUGAUAAAUAAAGUACUCUAAGCAAACGCAUAAUCAGAGCGAAGGCUUCUUUUUUAAAACCUCUCUUUUCUUUUUAUUCUGCAUUGAACAGAUCAAGCCUAUACGUGGAAUUAUUCGUUUUGAUGCCCGGCAGAUUUAAGCAGGAUGUACAGUAAAGUACACACUUGACACAGUGGUUAAGUUACUGUUUAUGUUCAUGUAUGCAGCUGAUGAAUUUGAUGCAUUAAGUGAGAACGACAAUGAGUCUGGCGCUGCACGAGCUGUUAGUGUGCUGCAGAGGACUUGAAAAUGAGAAAGCCACAGAGAGGAAGAAAGAGCUUGAUCGCUUCAGGCGGCUCAUUUGUUCACCAGACACUGUGGAAGAACUUGAUCGUACAUCAGGAUGCAAAGGCUCUAAACAGCUCACCUGGGAUGCUGUUUUCCGGUUUUUACAGAAAUUUCUUAAGAAAGAGACUGAACUUCUACAGUCAGGAAAAGCCAACGUUUCAGCCUCCACUCAAGCAAACCGGCAGAAAAAGAUGCAGGAAAUUAGCAGCCUCAUGAAGUUUUUCAUCAGAUGUGCCAACCAACGCGGUCCGAGGUUAAGGUGUGCAGAGCUGAUAUCUCAUGUAGUGGAGGUUCUUCAGAGUCCAUUCAGCUGUGUGGCCUAUGGGGAGGACUACAGCAGUAUUCUGCUAAAGAACAUCCUGUCUGUCCGAAAAUAUUGGUGUGAGAUGAGCCAGCAGCAGUGGCACAGUUUGUUGGAUUUGUUCUGUGGGCUGUUUAAUAGGGGAAGCAGGUCAAUCAACAGAGUUCAAGUGAGUCGUAUCAUCUACACGGUGGUUUGGGGCUGUUGUGUCCAAACAGAGGGAUUGUCCAACACUCUUUUUAACUUCUUUCUGAAGGCUCUGAGCAACAGCAGGGCAGAAAAGCAGCUGAUGGUUCUGGAGAAUCUGGUGUCUGCUGUAAAUGUGUUUCUGCGCUCAGUGCUUCUGUCCUGCAGGAAGAGGGUGUGUGGUCUGGGUGAGGAGGUCCUGUCAGAUAUGCUGUGCGUUUAUACUGGGAUGAGACCCAGCUCAGUACUUAAAGAAGAGCUUGUGAAAUUUUUCCAAAUUCAGCUUUUUGUUCAUCACCCUAAAGGUGCAAAGACUAUCGAGACAGGUGCACAAGCGCAAGACUGGGUCAAAUGGCGCAGUCAGCUCUGCACGCUCUAUGACGCCCUUGUUGGUGAGAUCAGUCAGAUUGGCAGCAGAGGCAAAUAUGCCACAGGCUCACGCCAUAUAGCUGUGAAAGAAAACCUUAUUGAACUAACAGCUGAUGUCUCCCACCAGUUGUUCAAUCAGAGCACUCAUGUUCAGGAAGUGACAUCAUCUGUCUGCCGGGAUAUUCAGCGGGAUAGUCCGCAGAGCUGCAAACGGAGACGCGUUGAGCUGUCAAACUGGGAGUUGAUACGAUCCAAACUGCAGCCCCACCACAGUGACUUUGACAUGAUCCCCUGGUUACAAGUCACAGCUGCUCUGAUAUCCAAAUACCCAUCAAUCCUGCUUACUGAUGAUGUUGUGCCUCUGCUGGGCUUACUCUGCCAGCUUCAGGGUGAACAGCAGCGUCGAGGUGAGAGGGCACCGUAUGUCCUGCGCUGCCUGAAAGAGUUGGCCCUCUGUCAUGCCAAGAGCUCGGCAAACUCCUCGGCUUGCACAGCUGAACUGGGCCGUCUGUGGGCCAGAGUUUGGGUUCUGGCUCUGCGUGGAGUGAGCUCAGCCCAAACUGGCAGUUUGUGCCUGGAACUGUUGCGAAUCAUGGUGCAGGAAUCCCUGGUACCCGUUGAUAGAGAGUUCUGGAAGGUCUUCUCUGGUGCUGUUUGCAAGCCAUCUCUUGUUAGUGCCCUCAGUUUGACCCUGGCCUUGAUGAAGUGCUCCGUCCCUAAAAGUGUCCAUAGUCGAGAUGCCCCCAGUGUAGUGCUGACAGAUGCGGGUGGAGAGCCGCCCUCUCUGAGAGACUCCAUUAUCAGCUGGCUGAUCAUGAACGAACAGAAUGAAGAGACAGAGGAGAACUGCAGACCUCACCUCAUUAUCUCCAGGGAUUUUCCUCUUCACCUCAUUCCUAGAAUUUUAGUGUCAUUGACACUAAAAGACAGCAGAGCAGGACUGACAUUUCUCAUGGGCAGCCUGAAGCCAGAGAGUUUCUCUCCUGAGAAUUCUUCCUUCACCGAGACGAAGGACACUAUGGAUGAGGUUGAGAGUCUCUUUCUGCAGUUCAGUUUUGACGAAGCACACUCUAGUGCUGGAUUUACAGUUGACAAAGACAGUGUUUACUCCGAGAAACCACAGUUUACUGUUAUUCAAGCUCUCAGAAGCAAACUAGAGCACAGUCUCCUGUCUAUCGCCGAGCAGCUCUUUACCUGCUACUCUCCUGAUAGUUCAAACACUCCUCAUGAGUGUGUGUUGCGCUGUGUUUCUCUGCUCACUGGAGUUCUGGCUGCUUAUGUGUGUAUUGGGAUUCUUUCAGAAGAAGAGGCCUGCCACUCUCCUCUCUUCCUAAAAGCCAAGGCAUUGGUACUUGAAUUUAGUCAUUACACAUCAACAGCAAAGAGCAAACUAGCUGAAAAUGAGACCCUCACAUCUGUUCAAUCCGUGAUGCUGUUGUGCUCUGAUUGUAUCAGCAGAAGAGAAAAGGGGGACAAAAUGUCGACCAUCUCACGCAAGUUAUUCAUGAAGACUUUGCCUGUGAGGUUGCUAAAUGACCUGUGUGACAUAUCUAAACAAUUGUUGAGCAACUCUGGUAAAAAAGACAUCAUAGUCAUGGAAAGUGAGCCAGUGGAUAUGCAAAUGAGCAGAGUCCAAGUGGACAAUCAGGAAGAGAUUGAUCUGUUUGAAGACGGUGAUGGGACCCAACACAUCACCUCCAAACCUUCCCAGUCUAACGAAGAAGCUGCUGAUUCAAAGUUCAUCACAGGGACCAAGAGUGCACUAUCUGAAGAGCAUUUGUCUAAGCAAGACUUGACCUUCUUGUCUGUACUUGGAUUCCUGUCGCUAUGUGCGUCUUCAGAGCUCAACGGUGGAUUCUCCUUCAAACCUCUGGAAACACAACGCAAAUUGCUCAAACUACUUGAUCUGGCAGACUUCUCACAAAUGCUGCACCUACAAAUGUAUCUGUCCUUGCUGAAGAAACUCCCAGCUGAAGUCACAUCUCUGGAUCCUGAAGAAUUUAAUGCUCUUCUCAGACCUCUAGCAGACGUUUGUUCUCUAUAUCGGCAAGACCAGGAGGUUUGUUCUGCCAUCCUUUUCUCUCUUUUGCCAUCCAUCCGCUGUCUGGGUCUGAGUUCUUCUGGGAGUGAGCAGGAAGAAGACAUGGCGGAUAUUAAAGGCAGUCUGCUGAAAGUCAUUUCAGGAUUCUGCUUCUUGGGGAAAUCUGGCAAAUGUACUUCCUCUGUGAGGGUGGCGUUAAGGCAGUGUUUACUGGCUUUGCUUGAGGCGGACCCCUGCUGUAAGUGGGCGGUGCUAACACUGAGGGAGGAGGAGCUUCCAGUCUCUGCCGUUCUUUCGUCUCUUUUAGCAGAUUCCCAUCAACAUGUGUGUAUGCUGACAGCACUGUCUGUGGAGAGCUUGUUCCUUAAAAAAGGACUCCAUAGCAGUAGGAAGAUGAUGCUUCCUCUGAAGAAUCAGCAGACGGCCUUUGAGAAUGUUUACCUCAAGGCUCAGGAAGGAAUUGGGCGGCAGAAGAAUUGUCCAUCAGAAGACUUACCCGACGAGACCUUUAAUCGGCGGGCAACUUUGCUCAAAAGUAUCUCAAUGGUGAUGUCCUGUAGCCCUGUGUGUGAGAAGCAAGCCCUGUUUGCACUGUUUCAGUCCUAUAAGGAGAAUGGCAUUGAUGAACAGCUUAUCAAAAAGGUUCUGAGAGGUAUAUCUAAGUCUCUUGGAAACAGGGACCAUAAGAGUUUAAUUAAUUCACACCUGUAUUACCUGGUGGCUGAAUGGCUGAACCAAAAACAGUCCGAUUCCAGUUACACACUACAGUCCUUCCCUUACGCACUGCUGGACUGCUGCAGUCUGGAAGAGUUCUUCAGGUCAUCCUAUCAUGUGCUGAUCCCACACCUGGUCUUCCUGAAUGACUUUGAGGGGGUUAAAUCCAUUGGAGAGCACCUGGAUCAGGACUGGAAACAGCUGCUGGCUAACUGCUUCCCCAAGAUCAUGGUGAACAUCCUGCCUCACUUUGCUCUUGCUGGACAAGACACACAUGUGGCGCAGCAGAGGGAGAAAGCACACAGAGUAUAUGAUAUACUGAAGAACAGCAACUGCUUGGGAAAACAGCAAAUUGACAGUUUAAUUCGGAACAACCUGGCUGACAUUGUGGUGGAGCUUUUAAUGACACUCUAUGAGACAGCAGGUGAAGAUAGAGGAGACCUCCAGAAAUUUACUGGAGAGCUGGAUCCUGCGCCAAACCCGCCAUUCUUCAGCUCAUAUGUGAUCAAAGCCACACUGGAUUACCUGAGCAAAUGUCACAGUGCCAACCACAAAUCUCUGGUCGCCAUCCUGUCCAAGACUCCAAUGUCCAUUCAGAGAAUUCUGGUAGCAGUCUGUCAGAAGGCCGAUGAGACCAGCAAUGCCUACGAGAGGCACCGCAUACUGAUGAUGUACCAUUUAUUUGUCAGCCUACUGCUCAAGGAGGUGAAGGAUGGGCUUGGUGGAGCCUGGGCAUUUGUGCUGCGUGACAUCAUCUAUACGCUCAUUCACCACAUCAACAGCAGGUCAUCGCAGCAAGAUGAAGUGUCCACUCGCAGUCUCUCCCUCUGCUGUGACCUGCUGUCGCUGGUCUGUCAGACGGCUGUGGAAUACUGUGAUGAUGCUCUAGAGAGCCACCUGCAGGUCAUUGUGGGUACUCUCACAGCACAGGUCACUGAACAAUCUGCAAUAUCUGAGCAGGUUCUCAGUCUCCUGAGGUUCUUGGUAAUGGAAAACCCAGAGAACAGGAUGUUGAGAAAGUCCAUCCCCUUGCUGGAGCCUUUCCCUGACCAGCCAAACUUCGCAGAGCUCAGAGCUGCCCAACAUGCUCUCAAAUACAGCUCUGGAGCAUUCACUCUCAGACAGGAAAUUGAGCACUUCCUGUCUGUUGCAUCUUGCGAUUCUUUGCCCUUGGCCCGUUUGGAGGGAUUGAAAGAUUUGAAGAGGCAGCUUCACACCCAUAAACAGCAGAUAGGACAACUUUUGAAGGAAUGUCAUGCCGAUCUUGACAGCUGCAUUCUGGUAAAUCUGGUUCUCAACCUUCUUCAGCUCUGUAAAAUCGCAGCGAACCAUCCUGGUGGAGGAGACAUCAUGAAGGCUGCUGGUCGGUGUCUGGGAGAACUUGGACCACUUGACUUAUCAUCCAUUGCUUUGCACCAUGGGAAAGACCAGCUGUAUGCUAGAGCAGCCAAACUGUUCCAUGAUGUCCCACAUCAGUGGAUCUUCAUUAUCCUGAACUCCAUGGACAAUGCGCUCACAAAUCACAGUAUUGCAGUGCGUCAGACUGCUGGCUUGUGUCUAAAGGAUAUCUUGGCCACUCAGUCUGGGAUUGAAUUCGGGGAAAUGCAUAAAAGUAAAAGGGACCCUUUGCUGGCAUACCUAAACCCCUUCCGCUCUUCCAAGAUCCGGGAACCCAUAAUGGCUAUGAAUGUGACUCCAGAGUCAAGAGAUCGGCUGACGAGUUCUGACCUCUGGUUGAUGCAACCUGACGGACACAAGGACUGGUUAAAGAACCUGUGCAUGGCCCUGUUAGACAGUGGAGGAGUGAGAAAUGAAGCCCUGCUUCUCACCAGACCUCUCUGUGAGGUGAAAACAGACUUUUGUCAGAGGAUGUUGCCACUCUUUGUUCAUGAUAUUCUUCUGGGAGACGUGGAUGGUUCCUGGAGGCAGCUGUUAUCCACACACAUUCAGAGUUUCUUCAGUCAGUGCCGCAGACCCUCCACACCCACCAGCCGCCCAACUACACCGAUGCUCUCUGAUUCAGGGAACACCACUGAUGCUGCUAACCAGUGUCAAAUAGACAAAGCCUCACUCCGCAGCAUGCUGGCAGUCAUAGACCAUCUCAGACAACAGAGUCGCCCCUUGGCACCUGGAAGUAAUGAAUACGGCACGGUGUGCGAUUCCAACUUUUGGCUGGAUCUGAAUUAUCUGGAGGUGGCUGGAGCCGCUCAGAUGUGUUCUGCCCAUUUCACUGCUCUCCUGUACUCUGAGAUCUACGUGGACAAGAUCAGAUCCAACAUGGAGCAGAAUCGAAGAUCUCAGUCUCGAGCGUCACGGCGGAUCACAUUUGAGGAGAACAGCCAGACACUCUCUAUCAGCAAUGUGAAUGAAAAGAGUUUAGAAGACUCUGGUUUCAGUCUUCAGGAUCUUUUGAUUGAGGUAUACCGGUGCAUUGGAGAACCUGACAGUCUGUAUGGGUGUGGAGGGGGCAAGUUAACCAGUCCUCUGACUAGAAUUCGGACAUAUGAACAUGAGGCCAUGUGGGAAAAGGCUUUGGUUUCAUAUGACCUUCACUCCAACCUUCCUGAGGUCACACGACAGAUUGGCAUAGUAGAGGGUCUGCAGAACUUUGGUCUGUGUAGUAUUCUAAGCACGUAUCUACACGGGCUGGAGAAAGAUGGGAUGGAGUGGGGUCCUGAACUCAGAGAGCUGCGUUUUCAGGCAGCCUGGAGAAGCACACAGUGGGACUGUAACCUGCCCGAGAGAAAUGAGAAGCUGAAGCCAGGCAUCAAUGAGUCCUUGUUCAGUGCCCUCCAAGCUUUGAGAGACAAAGAAUUCUCUUUGUUUGAGCAAACCCUGAACUAUGCCAGAGGUCGUGAGGUUGAGGAGUUGUGUCGUGGGAGUCUGGAGGCCGUGUCUUCACUUUAUCCUGCUCUCUGUAACCUGCAGAGGAUCAGUGAACUCCAGAGUGUCGAGGAGCUUUUCUCCAGGCCAGUAACUGACCUCAGCCUUAAUGAGGUGUACAGAAAGUGGCAACAGCACUCCGACUUGUUAACCGACAGUGAUUUCAGUUUGGUGGAGCCAGUCUUAGCCCUUCGCUCCUCCAUACAGGAAACACUGAUUUCCUCAGAGACUGAUCCAGACAGGAAGAACUACCUGAUUUCCACAUAUUCCUCUCACCUGAUGGAGCUGUGCAGACUGGCUCGUUCUGCGGGAAACACACAGCUGGCAGAGCGAGCAGUAUUUCAUAUGAAGCAGCACAAUCUGGUAGUGAGUGGCAGUGGCAGCAGCUCGUGGGCCUGGCAGCUGGAGGAGGCGCAAGUGUUCUGGGUGAAGAAGGAACAUGGACUGGCUUUGGAGCUGCUCAAACAGAUGAUCCAUAAGUUGGAUGAUCUGGUGUGUGUGAACCCAGCUGUGGUGCCGGUGUAUUCGGAGUGUUUGAGAUUAUGUGGAAGCUGGCUGGCUGAAUCCUGUCUGGAGAGCCCUGCGGUCAUACUGGAGAAUUAUCUAGAAAGGGCUUUGGAGGUCAUUGAGGAACACUGUGGUGGUUUAAAAUCGAAACUAAAGAGCCAGAAAACCCAGGCCUACUUUUCGCUGGCCCGCUUCUCUGACGCACAGUACCAGGGCAUCGAAAACUAUAUGAAGUCAUCCGAGUUUGAGAAUAAGCAUGCUCUUCUGGAGAAGGCUAAGGAAGAAGUUGAUCUUAUGCGAGAGAGGAAGGUCAACAACAACAGAUACACCGUGAAAGUUCAAAGGGAACUAGAGCUGGAUGUCAAGGCACUUGCUAACCUGCAGGCCGACCGCAACCGCUUCCUCCUCAAGGCUGUGGAGAACUAUAUCGAGUGCCUGGAGCUGGGAGAGGAACAUGACACUUGGGUCUUCAGACUGGCCUCCCUCUGGUUAGAGAAUGCUGAUGUCAAAGAUGUAAAUGAUAAGAUGAAGAGUGGUGUAAAGAAAAUCCCAUCAUACAAGUUCCUGCCGCUGAUGUACCAAUUAGCUGCUCGAAUGGGCACUAAAGUGUCCAGCUCCAUGACGUCACAGGAUGUGGGCUUCCAUCAUGUGCUUAACGAGCUAAUCUGUCAGUCAUCCGUCGAUCACCCCCACCACACUCUCUUCAUCAUCUUAGCACUGGUCAACGCCAACAAGGAUGAUAGCUUUUCUCGCAGCCGUUCAUCUAAAAGCAGCGCAAGACAACCUUCACCUCUGGACUUGGAGCGGGCAGAAGUCGCUCGUAAGAUCAUUGAUGUGGUUCGUAAAAAGAGACCCAAGAUGGUCAAAGACAUCGAGAUACUUUGCAAUGCCUACAUCACUUUGGCAUAUAUGGAUGCCAGUCGCCAUAAAACUGAAAAGAAAGCCAUACCUAUUCCAGCUGAACAACCCAUCAUGCAAAUCAAAGACCUUGAAGAUGUGAUCAUUCCCACCAUGGACAUCAAGGUGGACCCAUCAGGCAGAUAUGAAGACGUUGUGACUGUCAGGUCAUUCAAACCUCACUUUCACCUGGCCGGGGGCGUUAACCUACCCAAAAUAAUUGACUGUGAGGGAUCAGAUGGCAUAAGCAGAAGACAGCUAGUCAAGGGUCAGGAUGAUCUGAGGCAGGAUGCAGUGAUGCAGCAGGUCUUCCAUAUGUGCUCCACUCUUCUGCAGCGCAAUGCAGAAACUCGCAAGAGGAAACUCAACAUCCGCCGUUACAAAGUGGUGCCGUUUUCCCAGCGCAGUGGUGUUUUGGAGUGGUGUUCUGGUACUGUGCCCAUCGGAGAGUUUCUGGUGGACCCACAGAAGGGGGCGCACAAACGCUUCCGCCCACAAGACUGGUCUAACAUGCUAUGCCGCAAGAAAAUGAUGGAGGCUCAAAGAAUGGAAUUUAAUGACAAACUGCAGGCUUUCACAGAGGUGUGCCAGAACUUUCGACCAGUAUUCCGAUACUUCUGCAUGGAACGCUUUUUAGAUCCUGCUAUCUGGCUGGAGAGACGGCUAGCUUACACUCGUAGCGUGGCCACCUCCUCUAUUGUUGGUUACAUUGUUGGCCUGGGCGAUCGACACAUUCAGAAUAUUCUCAUUGAUGAACAGACCUCAGAACUGGUCCACAUUGACCUCGGUGUUGCGUUUGAGCAGGGAAAAAUCUUACCCACUCCUGAAACGGUUCCAUUUAGAUUGUCUCGAGACAUUGUGGAUGGCAUGGGCAUCACAGGGGUGGAGGGUGUCUUCAGGAGAUGUUGUGAGAAAACAAUGGAAGUUAUGAGGAGUUCUCAGGAAGCCCUUUUGACCAUUGUGGAGGUGUUGCUGUAUGACCCUCUGUUUGACUGGACCAUGAACCCUCUGAAGGCCUUCUACCUGCAGCAGCAUGACGAGCAGGCUGAGCUCAAUGCCACCCUUAACCCUACGCCGGGUGGAGAUGAGAUUGAAACCCACCGCAAGGCCAGUGACAGUCAGAGCUUCAAUAAAGUGGCAGAGCGUGUGCUGCUCAGACUGCAGGAGAAGCUGAAGGGGGUUGAGGGCGGGACUGUGCUCAGCGUCGGCGGACAGGUAAACCUCCUCAUUCAGCAGGCAAUGGACCCCAAAAACCUCAGCCGCCUCUUCCCUGGCUGGCAGGCCUGGGUCUGAAACAGCACUUGAUUGAAGAUUCUCAGACCAAAGAAAACCUGCUGCAUCGUGGCUAUUAUCCCUCACGUGCUGUAUAACUUGAAAUGGUUAUCACCUCUGAAUGUCCACUCUUAUUUUUGCACUCCUAAGCUGUAUAUAAUUCAAUAAAAUAAAGUUAUUUAGUACUUAGCAAUGGAUAUCUGUAAUACUGUUUUUGCAAUAUUUAGUUUAAUAAAAACUAAUGAAAAGUAGAAUAAGGUAAAACCUUCAUUCCAAAAUGCCACAAGAUCAGAACUGUGUGUUUUUAAUAGCAGGUAAUACAAAUACAUGAAAUACUGAAAGAGUGGAGUUGAUGUAAAAGCUCAUCCCAUGUACUGAUGAUUGAUAUUUACAUGCCUGUAAUGUGUCAGUUAUGUACAGUACAGACAGCACUCAUCACAGCAUGCACAAUAAAUCACAGUAAAACGGUU